UCUAUGUCCAACAAUCACCAAAACCUACCAUCACCUCUGGGUAAUGGAGCAAACAGACACAAACCAUUAAAAAGAACUGUUGGUACCGAGAAUACACCACCUAACCAACAUAACAAAAAUUGAAACUUAUAAGCCACCAAGCACCUAGUCGUGUUUCUAAAAGCAAUACUCCAUUUCAAUCGGUUGCUUUACCAACCCUACAACAUCCAGAAACAGAAAUCAUUGGUGGCAUUGAUCUGAUGGAGACUGAUGAGCCUUUUAAUUUGCCAAUUGAGACUCUAACCACAGUAGAAGAAGACACUGCUAGUUGUGAAACUACUACUGCAUUUCAAUCGGCUGCUUCACCGCCUCAUCAAGAAGAUGAAUCACAACUCAAUGAUGACAAUGAUCAUACAGAAACGGGUGAGCCUUUUGAGUUGUCCAUUGACAAAGAAACCACAGUAGAAGAAGACACUGUCAGUUGUGAUACUACUACUACAUCUAAAUCGGUUGAUUCACCCACCCUACAACAUCCUGAAACAAAAAUCAUUGGUGGUAGUGAGCUAAUGGAGACUGGUGAGCAUUUUAAUUUGCCAAUUGAGGCUGAAACCACAUUAGAAGAAGAAACUGUCAGUUGUGAUACUACUACUACAUCUAAAUCGGUUGCUCUACCGCCACAACAAGAUCCAGAAACAGAAAUAAUUGCUGGCAGGGAUCUAAUGGAGACUGGUGAGCAUUUAAAUUUGCCCAUUGACAUUGUAACCACAUUAGAAGAAGAAGAUUCUGUCAGUAGUGAUACUACUACUACUUCUCCUCCACAUCAAUAUCGUGAUUCACAACUCAAUGGUGACAGUGAUCAUACAGAAACGGGUGAGUCUUUUGAGUUGUUCAAUGACAGAGAAACCACAGUAGAAGAAGACACUGCUAGUUGUGAAACUACUACUGCAUUUCAAUCGGUUGCUUCACCAACCCUACAACAUCCAGAAACAGAAAUCAACGAUGUAACUACAGCAAAUGAAACUACGGAUGCAGAAAUAGUUGGUGCCCCAACUGUCCGGGGGAAAAAGCCUAAAAGAGUUUAUCGAAUAAAGGCACCAACUUACUGCGAAUGCCAUAAAGAAAUAAAGGGGAAGUGUGCACCAUGUCAGAUAAGGGAACUAAAGAUGCUUGUACAGGAAAAGGACAAACAACUGAAGAUUGUGAGGAGUUAUCAAGUUAAAGCGACAGUUGACUUAGCAAAACUAAAAUGUAAAUUGAAGGAAAAGAAAAAACUGAAUACGUCAUCCAAACAUUUGGCGAGAAUGCGUCAGUAUGCGGUGGAUUGCGUAGAAACCAUCUCUAAGCUAAAGGAUGACGUUGCAACCCUUACCGAAAAUCAACUGGACGAGAAAAUUAAGCAUCUAACUCACGGAGAAAGAGUCAUCAUCAACACCUUCAUCAUGAAGGGCAAAGCUGAGCUUAAGGCUGAUACUGGAAGAGCUUACGGUAUGAAAUACGAUGCUGGAUUCUUGAUGCAGUGCCUGCUUCUAAAGUUGAAAAGCAGCUCCACCUAUAACCAUCUGAGAAAGAACAAAAUUCUGCCCCAUCCUAGUCCAUCAACGAUUCGUCGGCGGCUUAGUUCAUCGGAAUGCAAAUUUGGUUUCAACGAACUAGCACUGGAAAACAUCAAGAAAGCUAUGGCAAAUCUACCAGAAUCUGAACGUUGGGGUAGUAUUAUGUGGGACGAGGUUUCGCUGAAGAAAGAUCUCAGUUGGCAUUCGUCUAGAUUGGAAUGGCACGGUAUUGUGGACUUCGGUGAAGAUAUUAAGGGAGCCGUGAAGAGUGGAAUUGCUACACAUGCCCUAGUGUUAAUGUUUCGCCCAUACAGAGGCAAUUGGGUGCAACCCUUUGCUUGUUUCGCAUCUAAAAACGCUGCCAGCUUCACAAUACUUCACGAAGUUAUUGUGAAAGGUAUUGUUCUACUUCAUAACAAUAAUGCCAUCGUCAAGAACCUCGUGUGUGAUGGGUGUUCCUCGAAUAAAGCCACCAUGACUUUAUUUGGUAUUCAUGGAAAAAAUCAAGAGAAAAGGUUGAAAAAGACAAUUCUUAUUUCAUGAAACAUCCAUUGGAUCCAUCUAUCAAAAUAUAUUGGUUGUUUGACGCACCGCAUCUUUUAAAGUGUACAAGAAAUCAAAUUCUAACACAUAAAGAGGUUCAGUAUGGUGGUUCAACUGCACGUUUCAUUUACUACAAACGUUUACAUAAACUGGGAAAAAAAUCAUUUUCGGAGGGCGUUUAAACUUACUGAGUCUCACAUCAACCCAACUAAUUUUGAGAAUGACAUGAGGAAGUCAUGUCAGAGUUAUGCAAACUAAAUGUUUUGAAUGUUUGCUGUGAUAAACACGAAGAUU